AUGGCCGACCUCGAACCGCAGAGCCCGACUUCCACUGCGACACACGGCGAUGUCGUGGCAGGAAUUCAGGGACCUGAAACGCAUUCUGAAGAGCACGAAGAACACGAGGCAGCGAGCGUGGUUGGGGCACCUCCUGAGAGCACACCUGUAGCUGAAGGCGUGGCAGAGGGACACGCCGAGGACAACAUGGCCCAGGGCUCUGAUGCUGCAGCUACGCCUGCGGACUCUCCGACCUCUCCGCACGCAGAGAACAUGCCCACAGAAACUGUGAAGGAGAAUACCCCUGCACCACAGUCCGGAAGACAUACGGCAAAGCCGUCAAUUUCCGUGAAGCCCGGCACCAAGACCACGAGCGCGCCUCCUACACCGCUAGUCAAGAAGGUCAUUAGUUCGGGCACAUUUGGAUCUGGAGUGAAGCAUGCGCCUGCUCCCGGGACGAAAACCACAGGAAUAGCCGCGGCUGCAGCCACCAAACCCGCAUCCGCUACCAUCCUCAGGAAAUCGUCCAGCACGUCCUCUGUUAACCCUCCUACGAAGCCGGCCAUGGCAUCGAGCAGAUCAGGUGCUACUGGGGUCGCAGGUUCGACCACAACUGCCGUAAGGCGACAGUCAGUCGUUCCUAAGGCCCCCACACCGACGUCCGCCAAAGCCCCGACGUCUAGCAGCGCACGAACACCCACGGCGUCUUCCACCGCCUCCGCAGCGAAAUCCGGGACAGCGGGAUCUCGUGCGACGCCCGACGCUUCAGCUGCCCCAGGUCGCCCUCGCGCGUCUGUCAGUGGAGAGGCGAAGCGUACAAGCACAAUUGCAUCGCGUUCCACUGUCGCGCCGAAUAACCGACCCCCUAGCACGACCUCUACGAGGUCGACCCGACUUGCGGGAUCUGCGUCGAUUUCAUCGAUCAAGGAAGUCAAGAAUGAUAGCAAGACGGUAGAAAAGUUGCAUAACAAGGCAAGUCUUCUGAAAGAAGCGACGGAUUCUCUUAUCUCGAAGGCUGAUGUAGUAAAGGAGCUCGAGGCUCAAGUGAACGAGCUCAAGUCGUCGUUGAAGUCAGCACAAGCCGAAGUUGAGACUCGGCGGUCUGCCGUUGAGAUGCUGGAGGAGUCAAAGGCUGCUGCUGAACAACAGCUCGCUAUCCUCCGCAAUCAGGUAGCGGAGCUGCAAUCUGGCGGCUCGGAGGAGGGAGCUGCAUUGAAAUCAAUCCGAUCGGAGCUUGAAGCCGCGACGGCCGCUCACGCUACGGAGAAGGAGCUCGUGGCUGCUCUCCAGUCUCAGAUCCAAGCCCUAGAGUCCGAGGUCGCGGCAGGAAGGCAUAACUUGGACGCGCUUCGCUCUUCAUCAAGCGAGCAAUCAUCUGCCUCGGCGGCGGCGGCAGAGGUUGAGCACAUUGCUCUUCUCAAGGCCAAAGAAGAUUUGGAGGCAAUCAAGUUAGAGACGGAAAGUCUCAAGGCUGCUCACACUGAAGCGCUUGCAGAUGCUCAAACGCGGAUGGCGGAGCUUGAAGAGAAAGCCACUCGAGUCGAGAUAUUAGAAGCGCAGUUGGCAAAGCUAAAGGCGGAGAACGGAGAGAAGUCCAUGAAGGUCUCUGAGCUCGAGGUCGAGAUCCUUGAGAUGAAGGAGGAGCAGGAGAAGUCGGAGGAUGAGCGCGCACAGGCCAUUGCUCGGAUCCGAUCGUUGGAGGAGGAGAUCACGAAAGCCUCCGAGGCCAUGCAAAAGGCCCUCGAGGAGGCGAGCGCGAGUGAGGCAGAGAAGCUAGGGAAAGCCGACGAAGCGUUGCAGGAACUUGCACAGGAGCUUAACUCUGUUCGCAUGGAGUAUGCCGGCCUAUCCGACAAGUGCAAGAGCUUGGACGAAGAGCUUGCAAAGGCGAUUCAAACCCACGAACAGGCCAAGGCUGAAAUUGAUGCGCAGGUCGAAGCUCACACAGCGGAAAUUCGGCGCCUGCAAGACGAGUUCCGAGAGAAGGAGAGCCAACUGAUUGAGCAGAUGAAGACCAUCACCGCAGAGCUUGAGAGUCAAGAGGCCAAAUACAACGCGAAGGUCGACGCCGUGAAAGCCGACCAUGACGAGCUGCUCAAGCAGGCGUUCGAACGUGCUAGGAAUGAAGCUGGUUCUGCUCAUAGUCAGGAUCUGCAAGCGCUUCGUGCUGAAUCUCAGGCUACGAUCGAGCAACUUCGUACAGCCCACGAGGUCUCCGUCGAAAGUCUUAAGGCCGAACAUCAGGCUGCCCUCGAGAGUCAGGUCAAGACGCUCGAGAAGCAGAUCGCGCAGAACAACCUGGAGUUGAAGGCGACGCAUGACGAUUUGCAGAAGGCAAAAACUGCAUUCGCGUCGAGCUCGCAGGAGCUCGAAUCGGUCAAGUCGCAGCUCGACGAGGCUCGUCAGAUUGCGGCAACGAUCGAUAGAUCCGACAAGGAUGAAAUGAUUGUGCGUCUUUCGAAGGAGCUGUCCAACGCUCGCGACGACCAUGCCUCACUCCAAGAUAUGUUCACCGCUACCAAGGAGUCGCUUACGGAGGUCUCGAAGAGUCACGCUCUCGAGCUGGAAGAUGCCGCGCGGGUACGGGCGGAGGAGGUUAUCAAGCUUCGUGCCGCUCAUGACGAGCAGCUGAAAGAUCUGACAACGGAGAAAUCCGAGCUGCAGUCGAAAGUGUCAGACCUUGAGGGCGAGCUAGCAACCCUCAAGGCAACCGUGGCGGCAGAACCAGUCAUUUCUCCCAGGACGAACGGAUCUGCCCACGCGCAUGCGUCGAAUGCGACGCGGGAUGAGCUGCAGCGCUUGCAUGAGGCGCACAACCUCAAGAUGCUCGACCUGCAGGCAGCGCACGAACGGUCUAUGCAGGAGAUGAGGGAGCAGCUGGAAAUUGCGCUUGCUAAGGCCAGUGAGCUGGCUCAGGAGGUCGAGCGAAAGACGAUGGAAAUCAAGUACCUCGAACAAGAUCAAGAAGAAAGCCAAGACCAGUUAACGCGGUACGUCAAAAUCUUUGGAUUGAAAAGUUUCGUUGGGGCGAUGUGCACUCUGGUCGUGGUCUAUGGCCUGUUCUAA